AACUACUCCGAAUACCCGUACAUCCAAUACCUUACACACCCGCCGGAGAUCACGCAGCGGCCGCGCGACCUGACGGUGAAGGCGGGCGGCGUGGCGGCGUUCGUGUGCGGCGCGCGCGGCGACCCCACGCCCAGCAUCACGUGGCGCAAGAACGGCAAGCGCAUGUCCAACACGCAGUCGCGCUACCUGCUGCACGACUUCGCGGGCGGGUCGCUGCUGCGCAUCGAGCCGGUGCGCGUGCAGCGCGACGAGGCCGCCUACGAGUGCUACGCCGAGAACGGCGUGGGCGACGCCGUCAGCGCCACCGCCAACCUCGUCGUCUACGAGGCGGACAAGCUGCCGGAGGGCUUCCCGCAGAUAACGCAGUCGCCGAGCACCAAGGUGGUGGAGAUCGGCCACAACGCGGUGCUGCUGUGCUCGGCCACGGGCGCACCGCCGCCGCGCAUCUACUGGGUGCGCGACAUGCUGCCCGUCGACACGGCCGCCAACCCCCGCUACUCCGUGCUCAACACCAGCAUGCCAGGAGCACUUCAGAUUACUGAUAGUGAGGAAGAGGAUCAAGGGAAGUAUGAAUGUGUAGCUGAAAAUGAUGUGGGAACAGAAUAUUCACAUUCCAUAAUGCUUUAUGUUAAAGUCCGUCGAGUGCCUCCACAGUUCUCAAUCCCUCCACCAGAGGUCCAGGAGGUGAUGUUGGGUGCAGACCUCAAGCUUACGUGUGUUGCUGUUGGAUCACCAAUGCCUUAUGUCAAGUGGCGUAAAGGUCUUGAUAAAGACAUUACUUCAGAUGACAAAUUACCAAUUGGUAAAAAUGUGCUGGAGCUUACAAACAUACAAGAAUCAGCAAAUUAUACAUGUGUUGCUGCUAGUGCACUAGGUGUCAUAGAGGCAACAACAAGUGUGAAAGUACAGACUCUUCCAGGACCACCAACAGAUGUCACUGUGUCAGAUGUCACAGCCACAUCGGUUCGCCUGUCCUGGAAAUAUCGCAAUCCAGAAGAUCCUCAAUACUAUGUAAUUCAGUACAAACCAAAGUAUGCCAACCAAGCAUACAGUGAAAUCUCUGGCAUUAUAACAAUGUACUACACUGUGAGGGGACUUAGUCCUUACACAGAAUACGAGCUCUUCGUCAUUGCUGUGAACAACAUUGGCCGUGGACCGCCCAGUGCCCCAGCAGUUGUCACAACAGGCGAGACAACUGAUUCUUCCUAUGGAGGUGGCAAACCAGGGACGGCACCCAGGAAUGUCCAAGUCCGGCCACUGAGUUCCAGCACGGUGGUGAUUCAGUGGGAUGAGCCUGAGACACCUAAUGGACAAGUCACUGGUUAUAAGGUUUACUAUACAACAACACCAAAUCAACCAAUGGCAUCCUGGCAGUCACAAUUGGUGGACAACAACCAGUUGACAACAAUCAGUGAUCUCAUCUCACAUACAAUCUACACUAUCCGUGUGCAAGCAUUCACAAGUGUUGGUCCUGGACCACUUUCUGCUCCAGUGUUGGUUAAGACACAACAGGGAGUUCCGAGUCAGCCUAGCAAUCUGCGUGUGAGUGAUAUUGGAGAAACAUCAGUUACACUUCUUUGGAGCAAGCCUUCCCAUUCGAGUGAAAAUAUCGUCAGCUAUGAGCUGUACUGGAAUGAUACAUAUGCAAAGGAGAGGAAUCAUAAACGAAUCCCAGUAGUAGAGAAUUUCACAUUAACUGGGCUGUACCCUAACACAUUGUAUUACGUGUGGCUAGCAGCACGCUCACAGAGGGGUGAAGGCGCGACCACGCCUCCAAUACCAGUGAGAACGAAGCAGUAUGUGCCAGGUGCGCCCCCACAGAAUGUGCGCGGCGAGGCAGUGGGUCCGACAUCGAUACGUGUCACGUGGGAUCCACCACCAGCAGACCGCAGCAACGGCCGAAUCGUCUACUACAAGCUGCAGGCAGUGGAGGCUGGCCGUUCAGACUCCGAAGCACAUGUCAUCACCCUGCAGGACAACACCUCGUUCACUCUGGACGAGCUCAAGCGAUGGACCGAGUACCGCAUCUGGGUGUUGGCUGGAACCAGUGUGGGAGAUGGACCGAGCAGCUACCCCAUCACAGUCCGUACCCACGAGGACGUGCCAGGAGACCCUCAAGAUGUUCGAGCCACAGCCAUAAAUUCAACAGCCAUUAAUGUCAAAUGGAGGCCUCCAGCUGAAAAAGACCGUAAUGGCAUAAUUAGAGGCUACCACAUUCAUGUACAGGAAACGAGGGAAGAGGGAAAGAGCCUACUGAAUGAUCCAAUCCGAUUUGAUGUUCUCGAUGGAAAUGUGCAAGAAUUCAAUGUGACUGGUCUUCAGCCUGACACCAAAUACUCUGUGCAAGUUGCAGCACUUACAAGAAAGGGUGAUGGUGAUCGGAGCCAGCCAGUACAUGUUCACACCCCUGGUGGUGUUCCCAAUCGACCAACAGUUAAUCUAAAGACAAUUGAGAGAGAACCAUCUGUUACUGUUGAACUUGAAUGGCAGCGUCCCACACUGACAUAUGGUGAACUUCUUGGCUAUCGGUUACGCUACGGCGUCAAGGAUCAACCAUUAAAAGAAGAAAUGUUGAAGGGCACCACAGUACAACAUCGCCGGAUACCUGAACUUGAAAAAGGUGUGGAGUACGAGUUCCGCGUAGCUGGUCAGAACAAAAUUGGUUUUGGUCAAGAAACCAUUAAAUACAUGCUGACACCAGAGGGACCUCCAAGUGGGCCCCCGAGUAACAUCUCGCAUCAUUUCCAAACGCCAGAUGUUCUCUGUGUCACUUGGGGACCUCCACUUCGGGAGCACCGCAAUGGACAGAUAGUCCGUUAUGAUGUUCAGUUCCAUAAGAAAGUAGAUUAUUCUACAGUGAUUGAUCGUAGUACAAAUACGACAAAGGCUGUGUUCAUUAAUCUAGAUGAAAAUACAGAUUAUGUCUACCACAUCAGAGCCCAUACCAGCCAGGGGCCAGGACCGUACAGUGAAAAGGUGACAGUACACACCGAGAGGGACAUUGUGCGUGCCCCAAUGAGUGUGCAGGCCGUGGCUACUUCUGACCAGAGUGUGGAAGUUUGGUGGGAAGGUGUUCCAAAUCGUGGCAAAGUUAUAGGUUACCAGAUAUUUUAUACAAUGACUGCUGUUGAAGAUCUUGACGAAUGGCAGCAAAAGAAAGUAGGCCUUACAGAGUCAGCUGACUUAGUUAAUCUUGAGAAAUAUGCUCAGUAUGCAAUUGCAGUUGCAGCACGAACAAAGACGGGACUUGGUCGCCUGUCAGAAAAAGUUACAGUAAAAGUAAAACCUGAAGAUGUUCCUCUUAAUUUAAGAGCACAAGAUGUAAGCACUCAUAGCUUUAAACUAUCAUGGUCACCACCAAUUCGGCUAAAUCCAAUCAACUAUAAGAUAUCAUAUGAUGCACUAAAAAAUUUUAUGGACUCACAAGGAAUGACACAGACUCAAAUAAUUCCUCGGCAGGAAAUCCUCUUGAAGCCCCAUAUACGUUCUUAUACUCUGAGUGAUUUGUCACCAUUCACUACUUACAGUGUCAAUGUCAGUGCUAUUCCAUCAGAUCAUCAAUACCGUCCACCUACUAAGAUCUCUGUAACAACACAAAUGGCAGCACCUCAACCCAUGGUGAAACCAGACUUUUAUGGAGUUGUCAAUGGACAAGAAAUACAAGUAAUUCUACCUCAAGCUUCAGAAGAAUAUGGGCCAAUUAGCCAUUAUUAUUUGAUUGUGGUACCUGAAGACAAAGCAAAUCAAAACAAGAAUCCUGACCAGUUCCUUACUGAAGAUCUUAUAUCUAACAAAGGAACAAAGCCUGAAAGAGAAAAUGCGCCAUACAUUGCUGGAAAAUUUUCCCUUCGUAGCAUGCCAUAUACUUUUCAUCUCGGAAAUGGUGAAACAUAUGAAGGUUUUGUUAAUCGGAAAUUAGAACGAGGUAAACGUUAUCGCAUUUUUGUGAGAGCUAUUGUGGACACUCCUCAGAAGCACCUGUACACAUCAAGCCCAUUCUCUGAAUAUUUAUCACUGGAUAUGCGUGAAGUGCCUCCAGGGGACCCACCGUUAAGACCAGAUCCUAACAUUCCUCCUGACAACUCAGAUGUAUCAAUGAAGAGCAACACUGAAGAAGCAGGCAUGGUCUGGGUCAUAGGUCCUAUUAUCGCUGCUCUUAUGCUGUCCAUCUGUUUCAUGUUGCUGUUUAUUAUUAAAAAACGAAGGCAGCCUUGCAAGGCUCCUGACCAAGCAGCAGUAACACGGCCUCUUAUGGCAGCUGAUAUUGGCACCAGCCACGCACCAACUGAUCCUGUUGAAAUGCGCCGCCAGAACUUUCAGACUCCUGGUAUGAUUUCACAUCCUCCUAUACCAAUCUCUGAGCUGGCAAACCACAUUGAACGUCUGAAGGCUAAUGACAACCUAAAAUUCUCACAAGAGUAUGAGUCAAUAGAGCCAGGACAGACAUUUACAUGGGACCAUUCCAACAUGGAAAUUAAUAAGCCAAAGAACAGAUAUGCAAAUGUUAUUGCUUAUGACCAUUCACGUGUCAUCCUUCAACCAUUAGAUGGCAUUCCUGGGAGCGAUUACAUCAAUGCAAAUUAUUGUGAUGGCUAUAGAAAGCAUAAUGCUUAUGUAGCAACCCAGGGUCCCCUUCAAGAAACAUUUGGAGAUUUCUGGCGGAUGUGCUGGGAAUUACGUUCAGCAACAAUAGUUAUGAUGACUAAGUUAGAAGAACGCACACGUAUUAAGUGUGAUCAGUACUGGCCUUCGCGAGGGACAGAAACAUAUGGCACAAUGACUGUUACUAUCAGUGAUGUUCAGGAGUUGGCAACAUAUUGCAUUCGUACCUUUCAGAUCCAUAAGGGUGGCCACCAAGAGAGGAGAGAAGUAAAACAAUUUCAAUUUACUGCUUGGCCUGAUCAUGGUGUCCCAGAUCACCCAGCACCUUUCUUACAGUUCCUACGCCGUGUCCGAAAUAUGAAUCCCCCAGAGGCUGGUCCAAUGAUAGUUCACUGCAGUGCUGGCGUUGGACGCACUGGUUGUUUUAUAGUUAUAGAUUCAAUGCUGGAGCGACUGAAGCAUGAAAAAAUGUUAGAUAUAUAUGGUCAUGUAACUUGUCUCAGGGCUCAACGCAACUACAUGGUUCAGACGGAGGACCAAUAUAUUUUCAUUCAUGAUGCACUACUUGAAGCGGUAAUUGUAGGUAAUACGGAAGUUCCAGCUCGUAAUCUGCACACACAUAUCCAGAAGCUCAUGCAGACUGAGCCAGGUGAAAAUAUUACAGGAAUGGAACUGGAGUUCAAGAAACUGUCCAACAUCAAGGCUGAUUCAACACGCUUCAUCAGUGCAAACCUGGCCUGCAACAAGCAUAAAAACCGUCUUGUCCACAUCUUGCCAUUCGAGGCCACUCGUGUUUGCCUAACACCAGUCAGAGGUGUUGAAGGAUCUGACUACAUAAAUGCUAGUUUUAUUGAUGGCUACCGAUAUCGUUCAGCUUAUAUAGCCACUCAGGGUCCACUAGUUGAUACGACAGAAGACUUCUGGCGCAUGCUGUGGGAACACAAUUCCACAAUUGUUGUAAUGCUGACAAAGCUUAAAGAGAUGGGAAGGGAGAAAUGUCACCAGUAUUGGCCGAGUGACCGGUCAGUCCGUUAUCAGUGUUUUGUUGUUGACCCAAUAGCAGAAUACAAUAUGCCUCAGUACAUACUACGAGAAUUCAAGGUUACUGAUGCCCGUGAUGGUAGUUCUCGCACCAUUCGCCAAUUCCAGUUCAUUGACUGGCCAGAACAAGGUGUGCCAAAGUCUGGUGAUGGUUUUAUUGAUUUCAUUGGCCAGGUGCACAAGACCAAAGAACAAUUUGGUCAAGAUGGGCCAAUUACUGUUCACUGCAGUGCUGGGGUAGGCCGUACAGGUGUAUUCAUUACACUAAGUAUCGUUUUAGAAAGAAUGCAGUAUGAGGGCGUUGUAGACGUCUUCCAAACCGUUCGGAUCCUACGAACACAGCGCCCGGCAAUGGUUCAGACAGAGGAUCAGUACCAGUUUUGCUAUCGAGCUGCAUUGGAGUAUUUGGGAUCAUUUGACCAUUAUGCGAAUUGACAGUAACACCACUGUGGAACAUGAUGAGAGACAUAGCAGUCAAUGGCUGUUUAUUUAGAAAGAUGAGUAAUAAGUAGGGUUUGAGUAUGUUUGUCCAGUAAAGUUAGCAAGAGAAAUAACUAAGAAAAAUUUUAAGGACGGACAAUAUUUUAAUGAUGCUGUGGUGAAGAAAAUGAACAUAAAUACUAUAGCUGUUAUUGUUCUCCCACUCCAUUUGCUGGAAAACAUUGACAAUAAUUCGACAACUCUCCAAUUUUCUGUAAACUUGCUGUUUUUGUUUUCGCAUUCAUCUGUUAUUUUACACAUUUGAUUUACUCUGAACUGGAUAUAAUAUCCAGAUACUGCCUCAAGAAUAAUAUUGAAACGUCUCUUACCUGUGAAUGGACAAACUUUUUUUAGAGCUUUGAUGAGUGACACAAACUUAAACAAGUGGAGUGUAUGUGUGUGUAAUGUGCAUGUUACUGAACUGCACAUCAUCCCCAAUGUCCCAAAGUGCCAUCAUCGUGCAAGCUGGAUGGCAUAAACAUUUUCCAUGGUGCCUACUUAAUGAAAAAUAAAUUCCCAAAUAAAGAUUUAGAGAAAGAAGAAUAUGUGAGCAAAAUGGGAAAGCGCACAUUUGUCGUACAUACAAUCACUGGGGACAUUAUUACCAAAUUCCCCUCUAAUUUGAAACCUUUCUUUUUUUAUUUUUAUAGUUCCAAAUUUCAUGUAUACCUGUGUUGUUUUGUAGGAAAUAUAUGUGCACUCAAGUGUUCAUUUGUGUUUUGGUUCAUUGCCUGUGAGGUGUUCAUAAGAGAAUUGUGUUAUGAUGUAGUUAGCAUUUAUAUAAAAAGAGCCAAAUUUGUAAACAUUUCCUACUUUUUUUACAUUAUAGACAUGUUUUCUAUAUGUGUGUGUGUGAGUGAACCUUUUCGUUAUGUGUUUUUAAAUGUGACUCUAAGGCAGAAAUAUUAUGACUGCUAUUAUUUUUUAUUAUUGACAUAUCAUAAAAUUAAAGAAGAAAAAGAAACACCUCAAAAUGUAUAAUAUGUAUUGUUUACUUUUCUGUAGACUUAAAUAAGUACUGAUCAUUGUAUAAGUUUCCAUCUUUUUUGAUUUUUAAUGUUUUCCAUUGACAGUACAAACAAUGUGUUUUCCCGCAUUAUUGAUUGACAUAGUGCUCUCU